CCUCUUCCUCUGUCUCCCUCUCCCAACACCAAAAGCAGCACCACAAAGCCAAGCUCUGCUCAGCUUUGCUCGCAACUCGCCUCCACACACACCCACAAUGGCGGCUUCAGCAGCUUGCUCCUUCUUCUUUGAUGCGGAGCCACUCGGCGAGCCCGGCAUGCCCGCGCUGGACGCGUGCGCGCUCUGCGCCAAGCCGCUGGCGCACGACAGCGACAUCUUCAUGUACAGAGGGGACACGCCCUUCUGCAGCGAGGAGUGCCGCGACGAGCAGAUGCAGCUCGACGCUAUCUGCUCUAGGCAGGCCGCCCGGAGGCAACAGCGGUUCUCGUCGGGAUCGGAUGCCCGGCGCUGGCAUCAAGAGUCCGGGAAGGUGUCCGUCGCGAGCUAGCCGGCAAAGCUCGUACCCCAGUAGAGUAGAGCUUCAUUGAAUCUACGGGAUCCGAAGAAUCGCCGAUCUGGUCUCUCCGGUCUAUCUGUCGCCUGAGACGGAGAAGCAGUGAAGUAGUAGCACCUAUCAAAGUUCAUUUGCUGAGGCUCCGGCCAUCUUGGUCGCCCACUGGACGCGUCCUUCUCCUGGCUUCCUUUUGCCUCUGUGUGUGUGUGUGUGUGUGUGUUUGUUUGAGGCUUGUGAACCGCGGCUGGUGCAAGUGCAGCACCAUAUGUAAAUCCAAACCAUUUGGAAAUCCUCAUUUCAAAACAAAAUUUGGCCCAAAUUAAGAUCA